AUGGCGCUUAGAAUUACGGAACAGUGGAUCAGGGAACGUGUCAAGUUAAAACAUGAUCAUUUAGGUAUGAUGUCUUUACCGAUGCUCCAUUUUCUCCAUUAAAUUGUUUUUUCCCCUUUUUCCACUCUUGAUCUUUCGCGAAAUUGUCAGCAAUGACGGUUUUCUCCUGAUUUGCUCGUGCAUUCCAACGGAGUUGUGUCAAUGUUUUGUUUGUUCUGUACGUUGCAGGAAUGUUGUGGUGCAGUACCUCAUAGAUUCAUCUUAGCUAAUAUUCAUCACCUCUGUAUCAUGUCAGUUAAUCUUUAGCAGUUUUCUUCUUUAAAUUUGUCGCAAUAUGAUUCACAUCUAAUAACUGCCUUUGUUUUAAGGAUUGUGUUGGCAAUAGCUUCAUGUACAUGUACGAAGUUUUCAUUCAACUUCAUUGGGUUCCCGAAACUUGACUCUCGGAGCGCGAGAGCUGCAUUUUCAAUUGCCUCUUGAGUUUUUCUAAUCCUUUUCCUUGCAGUCAGAUACGACUGUUUGUGGAAGUUCUUUUCAUCCUUGCUUAUAUUAAGUCAUAGAAAAUACUGAGAUGGGCGCCUAUUGGAGGAAUUACGGUAUUGGUAAAAGUCCCGCACAGCCCCAUACUACAUCAUGCAUUCAGUUCUUGGAUAGAGAAAACAAUGACAGAAACAAUACAUUGCCAUUGGGAAAACAGAUUUGUUUUACAAUAGUAUGGGGCUGUGCGGAAAUUUUACCACGCUAUUUAACCUUUAACCUUAAAGUUGAAAAUGUAAUUGUAGGGUAGAGAAGUCUGGAGAAUCCUUCAAGAAUUUUAGUUUAUAUUGGUGUAUAUAAAAGCUUAGAUGUUUUCUGACAGAAUUGAGGUUUCUGUCAACUACCUCAAUCAACCCCUUAUCCUAAAAUCGCACCAAACAUUUCUGCUCAUUAAAAUGCCUACAAUGGACUUGCCAACCCCCUUGAAACCUUUUUAUUCCAAGAAGUGAUUAGUCCUUGAAGCUUCCCCUUACAGCAGCAUUGUCAAACAAAGAGGUGAUGAGAAAGAAAAAACAUAUCUGAUGUGCUAUUGUGAUCUAUAACCCACCUAUUAAUUUUCGCAUUAUGCUAUUGGCUACUUUACAUUACAUGGAGCAAAUCACCAAACAGUUAUCAUGCUAACCCCCAUCUACAUCAAUAUUAUUCCAGUAAUUAUCUCCUUUUUCACCUUUUUUAUUUUACAUGGAAGAAAAACUAGCUCUUUUUGUUAAAUUCAGUGAUAGUGACAUUAAAAAGCUGAUCUCAAUUGCUGCUCCAGAAAUGAAGAGAAAGUCAACAAAAGCUACAUACAAUGGGCAAUGCAAAAAUUAAUGGGAAGGUUAUCAAAUAACUAAACCACUUUCUGUCUUCUGUUAUGUUGGCUGAUGAUGUCCUUCACUGGGAGGUUAUCCUCCAAAUUUCACUUUUGCCCUCAAGGCAUUGCUUCUCAGCCUAACCUUCAUUUUCUGGACAACAUUUCAGCUGUAGACAUUAUCAGCAAAUAUACUAGCUGCCAGUGUCAGAGUUAAUUGGGUUAAUUGAGACAAAGUACUUCCUUACUAGAAAUUAUGGGAAAUUUGUUGUAUUAUCCCUUGUGUAGAUGAUGUGAAAUCUCUCUCACUUCCUGGUGCAUAUAAUGAGAAGAUUUCAUCCCUGGGUACAGCUCUUCAUGGAUUCACUCGACUCAAGUCCUUAGAUCUAUCAAGGAAUUCUCUUAUGACUACUGAGGUAAUAAUUAUGAUUUGUUGGCAAAAUCCUUUAGCUUUUUAAAAAUGGAAGCUGUUAUGUCUUAUAGGUAAUUUGAAAAGAAAAUAAAAAGUAGUGUUCUUGACAACUGGUAAUUUUUUUGAUUUUGUUGAAAAUUAUUUGCCAAAGGUGCAGUGAAUAUUCAUUUGGUGAAUAUUACUCCAGAUGAAGUCAAGGGACUAUUUUACAAUAUUCACCAAGCCUGAGGCAAAUAAUUGUCUUAAUUGCUUGAGUGCCUUUAAAUUCUGUCAUAAAUAUUUCUUUUAAUAUUGAAACUAUUCUGUUUCAAUUGUUUUGGUCACUCAUAUUGAGAUUAAGAGACAGUUUCCCUAGAGUUUGACAGGUUCAUUUAAUUCAAUCAGCAAAAACUUCAUAUUUUUCUUUUAAAAAGGUUUACUCCAAACUUUAUAGCAGCUUUUGUGCUCUGUGGAAUUGAAUUUUCUUUAUAGCCUUCAUCACUUCCUUGGAAACAUUGAUAAACAUUAAGCUGAAAUUUUGAAAUUUACCUCUCCUGCUAUAAUCUCCUCACACAAGGUGAUUGUAGCAAGAUAUAAUGCAACUGGUUCUUUCUUUAAAACUAAAAUAUCAUCUCUGAUUGAAAAUUGCAUAAUUGUAAAUUUAUAAAACUUGAGCUUGCAGUCAGUUAUAAUUCACUUUCAUCAGUAAUGAUUUCCUAUUCUCAGGGUUAUACUGUUAAAAAAUUUUAUUCCCUUCUUGUUUUGUGAAUAAUAGGGUCUGGAGAAUCAACAAACACUGGAGUCACUUAACCUGUAUCCUUCCUCGUGUUUUCAGAGAGACAGUUAACUGGAUUACUGUAGAGAUUUUCAGGACUGUAGUAUACUUCUGCUAUUUGACUCUUCCAUGUAAGAAAAUACCGGAAAAACAACCAAAAUGUCAUAACAAACUAGACUUAAAAUAUUCACCUAACAAACAACUCAUCCCUUUCAUAUCACAAUGACUCCCACUCAGAUCUUUGAAUGUAACCUAUUUUAAGUAACUACCCCCACCAAGUAAAUGAGAAUACAUGUUCAAAACAAUUACUGUUCAAAGAUAUGUACUACUUAAAAUUAAUCUAUACAGACAUUGAGUCCCAGUUUGCAUGAAACGUUUUUCUGCAAAACUUCACAACUAAAAGAAUAUUUGAAAUUACUGUUCAUAACUGAAAAGGACUGAGUGUCACAUAAAAAACUCAAGGAUAAGCAUUGAUGAUGAACUCCAUAGAACUAAAUACAAUACAUAUAGAAGAGUAUUGUUAAUGUAGUGCUCAAUUUUCCUUUAAUGAUUUGUGGGGAAAAGCAAGUCAAAGGUCAUAUAGACAAGUUGUUUAAUAAUUAAGACAAACACAAAAAACAAGUAGUUAAAAUGGAAUGAAGGUUAAAAUGUACUUUCAAAUGUACUUUCCAUGUUUGAAAAUUACAACAAUUUAUCCACAGCAAUUUGGGAAACUCAUUCCCCAGUUCAAACUUGAUGCAUUAAAAAAAGAAGAAUGAAUUCUUAUUGAGUCAUUUCUUCUGAAUUCAUUAUGGAUAUCAGUUUUUUUUUCAGGCUUUGAUAUUCACUGAGCCUGAGGCAAAAAGUUUUUAUUUUAUUAAAUUUAAUUACCUCAGAUUAUAAAAUUGAAACAAAAAUUUCCUAUUUCUUUCAGUGUUAAGUACAUAUAAAUCACUCACAUUUCAUUGAUCUUUGAUCAUUACCAUUACACCAUUAUAUUAUGAUAAUUAUUGUUUUUGAUGUUGUAAUCUUAACAUAAAUCAAUAACAGAUACUAUAAUAACAUUUCAACUUUGAAGGAUUUACAUGGGUUAAGGAAUUUGACAAAUCUAAAGGUAAAUAAAACUGAUGUUGCAAUAUUUAGUGUGCAGUUGUGGCAAUAGUCCAUUUUACAGCUGUGCACUUGGUUGCCAAGCCUUUGAACAGGAAUGAGGCUAAGGGUGACCUUGUUAUGAUAUAAACCCUGCUGCUUUUCAAAUGCAAAUUACUUUGUUAGAAACUAGAUAUGAGAUAAGUUUACCUUCAGCCUCAGAACUAAAUUUCAACUUAAAAUGGCUUAUAAACCCCUUUAGACAAAAGAAAUUUAAUUUCUGAGAAAAUUUCUUAGAUAAAUCCCUUUGCAUUUAAUUUCUCUUUAGUAUACAGUAAUACUGCUGAAUUAUUCAUGAAUAAAGGAAAUGUUUGCCAACUCAAGAUGCUUUGAUUGUCAAACAAAUGCUCCUUGUCUUUACCAAAAGGAAAAGUACAAAGAGGAGUAUGCAGAAGAUGGAUUGAUAAUGAUGCUUGGGCAUAAAGGUUCAAUAACAUGUGUACUGAGUUGAAAAAAUUUUUACUGAAUGCUGUAUAAUGCAGCAUAGUGAGUGUAGCAUUUUACCACCAAAAAUUCUGUGAUUUUAAAUAUAUUAUAUUGUAAUUACAGUCUAGCUCAAAGAUGAGGGGACCAAUGCAGUUAAACUUGUAGACAACAAGUCUAAGACUAAACACCAAAGACCAAACAUCUUGACAGACAAACCAGAUGCAUCUAACACUAUAUGUGUCUGCCUAAUUACUAUGUAUAAGCUAGCUGAUUGUUUCUCCAUUGUGGAAGGGUCAUUUUUGUUAUUUCAACUAAAUACCUGUUAAUCUUCUUGUGUUUCUUACAGCUGUGUUUAUUUAACAUUCACCACUGUCAGUGGUCUUGUUAACUUCACACAGUUUCGGCUCACUAGCAAAUUUUAUCAAGGUUUGCUCAUCAAAUAAUGCAGUACCUUUGGGUUGCAUCAUACUUUAAAAAGAAAAUAUGUCUCUUAAGCAGAUCAUUUUGUGCCUAACCAUCCUAGAUAAAGAAAGAAAUGUCUGCCACAUAAGAUACUUUGUUUUUGCUCAUGAUCUAAUAUCCACACCUAAAUCUUGUUUUCCCUUAUUUCAAAGGACUUAGAUCUGCGGUUGAACCCAGUCACCAAAAAUGAACCUGAUUACCGUCUGUUCCUUGUCCACAUGUUGCCAAAUCUACGGCGACUUGGUAAGAAGAGGCAUCUUUUUUUCAAUUGAUUAGCUGAUAUUGAUAUAUCCUUAAUAGGCCAUUUUGUGUACUUAGCUGAAGAAUUUUAUCUGUGUGACAGGAUAGCUUUUCUAGAGUUUUGGAAUAAUUGUUCUUUUAAGCCAGCUAAAUAUGCGUCAAGCGAUUCUCUGCUUUUCUGCACAGUGAGAGUGCAUUAUCAAUGUUGCAAGAGCUAUAACUUGUCCAUCAGUUGGCAAUGAACAAGAGUAACUUGGAGUCAACCCAGCAGGAUUGAGAUGAAAAUGUUCACUGCAGUGAGAUGGCAGCAUGGAAUGAACAAUAGCAGCAUCAUAACAGAGAAUUCCUUAUUACAAAACAAAAUAGUAAAACUACAUGUUCCCAUAUAUGUAGUUACUCUGAGAAAUUACUAUCUCUCUAGCGACUGUCACACUAUUCCCCCCCCCUCCUCCGUUUUGCCUGUCAUAACUCUUGUCAGCUAAACACUACUAGCUUACUCCCUAUUACAGAUGUUGGUAAUCAGUAACACUUACUGUAAUGUCCAGCUGUUGUUCUCAUAGAAGGCCUAACAGGUCCCACAGGUAGCCUGUCAUCAAUCUCUGAUUCAUCAGCUGUGCUCACACUAGAGUGUUUGUCUAUGCUUGUGGCAUUGCCUGGAACUUGAGGUUCUGCUCCAAUGAGUGGUGCCAGCAUAAAUUCAAUGGCAAGCCCUGGUUGACUGUCUUCAUCAGAAGGGUCUGCAUGUUGAGUUGGAAGAACUUACUGUCUCCUUGGUCUUGCAGGUGUACUCUGCACACCUGUAAUUCAGCUCGAUUUACCACCUUGGUGCUACCUUGUCCACCAGCUGGCUCAAUCUCUUAGGCCCCAUUGUUCAACUGCUGAACCACUUUAUGCACUCUAUAGUUCCAUCAGUCCUGUAUCUUGUUCCUUCCUCAUCUUCAUCGGUCUCUGACGAGCACUAGCUGUCCAACCUGUAAGUGUAAUGGUUUGGUUCUGCUGUUGUUGUCAUAUUACAGCUUACAUAGCUCUAACUUCUUCAUCAGUCUCUCUGCUGCUCUUUGGUGUGCAUUUCUGAGCUCUGUUUGGUGUCUGGUGAUCUGGGCAGUUUGCUCUUGACUUUAAACAUUGUCCAGGUCCACCAGUCGCUCAACUGGAGUCACAGGUCUCUCCCAAACAUCAAAUAGAAUGGCAAGUACCCACUUUUAGUGUGCAGUGUUGGGUUGUAGGCAUAGCAAAGUUCUCUCAGGUGCUCAAGCCAUCUCCUCUUCUUCUAUGCAGGUAGAGUUUGUAACAGCCUGUGCAGGGUACAAUAGAACCUUUGGCACUGGCCAUCGCCUCCUGGAUGAUAUGGCAUGGUACAGGACUUCUUGAUGCCGUUGAUAGUGCAUAGCACUCUAAUGACAUCAGCUUCAAAAGAUCUACCUUGGUGCUAGUGGAUUCCCUGUGGCACUCCAUACACCAAGAACCAUUCUUGGACUAAGGCCUUGGCCACAGUAAGCACUUUCUGAUCUCUGAUUGGGAUGGCUACAAUAAUUUGGUGAAAACAUCAGGCAUCAUUAGCAAAUUCUGCAGGCACCAGUUGGGUAAAAUCCAUCUCCAGAACUUCAAGUGGUUUGGUUGCUACAAUACUGCCCAUGGGAGAUCUGGCUGUUAGUUAGGGCCCUUUUGCUAUUACAAACCACUCACACUCUGAAACCCAUUGUUUCACUUCCAUGUACAUUCCUGGCCACGAGCAAUGCUGUUGCAUGACUUUUUUGGUUCUCUCUGGUCCUUGGUGUCCAACCCUGGUGAAAAACCUCACAGGAUCUUUGAGGAUCUUCAAGGAUUGACAAAGACCUGCCAAAGAUCCUUAAGGACAAGGAUCUUUAAAAGAUCUUUAAAGGAUCUGUAAAAGAUCCUCAAAGAUCUUUGUAAGCAAAAACGUUCGUUAAGAUCCUCAAGGAUUUGAUAAAGAUCCUCAAAGGAUAUUACAAAGAUCCUCAUAAGGAUCCUCGCAAAGUUCUUUUUAAGGAUCCUUCAAGAUCCUCGAGGAUUUAGCAAGGAUCUUUCAAAGACCCUCAAAAGAUCCUUUCAAGGAUCCUUUCAAGAUCUUUGUAAGGAUCCUUAAGGAUUUAAUCAGGAUCUUGCAAGGAUCCUUGUCAAGAUCUUUGCAGGAUCUUUUUGAGAAUCUUUCAAGAUCCUCAAGGAUUUAAUGAGGAUCUUUUAAAGACCUUCCAAAGAUCCUUUCAAGGAUCCUAUUAAGAUCUUUGCAAGGAUCCUUAAGGAUUUGAUCAGGAUCUUACAAGGAUCCUACUCAAGAUCUUUGCAAGAUCUUUUCAAGGAUCCUUCAAGAUCCUCAAGGAUUUAAUGAGGAUCUUUUAAAGACCUACAAAAGAUCCUUUCAAGGAUCCUGUAAAGAUCUUUGCCAGGAUCCUUAAGAAUUUGAUCAGGAUCUUACAAGGAUCCUUAAGUCAAGAUCUUUGCAGGAUCUUUUCAAGGAUCCUUCAGGAUCCUCAAGGAUUUAAUGAGGAUCUUUUAAAGACCUUCAAAAGAACCUUUCAGGGAUCCUGCUAAGAUCUUUGCUAAGAUCCUUAAGAAUUUGAUCAGGAGUUACAAGGAUCCUAGUCAAGAUCUUUGCACGAUCUGUUCUACAAUCCUCCAAGAUCCUCAAGGAAUUGAAAAGGAUCUUCCAAAUAUCUUUAAAAGAUUCAUUUCAUGAUUUUGUACAGCUCUUUGCAAGGAUCCUUUUUGAAUUUGAUGUGGAUAAUUUAAACACAACAAGGAAUUUUCGCGGAAAAUUAUUGUGCAAUAAGUGUAAUGAAGGUUACCGCAUAGCAACGCCAUGCUUUAGGCUUUAGGGAAACUUUGUGACAACUUACAUGACAGUAAAUAGGGUUUUGCAUUAUGGGAUAGGAAUUUAUACGCGCCGAGAUUUUUAACGGUCGCAUAAAAACAUAAGAAGCUCGUUGUUACGGUAAAUAUCAUCGACAGUGGUCGGAACUAAGGGGAAAAUGUACACAGAAAUAAAAGUAAAGGAAAGGCGUUUUCUGGAGUUCAGAAACAAGCGAAAAGAGAGACAGAAACAACCGCAAUCGUCGAUCAAACUCCAAGCAGGUCUCGCGAUUGCACUGACUCUGAGGCUGAAUGAAAAGAAUUCAUUGGUACUUCUGGAAAGAAAAUGAAGAUGCCAUCCUCGCCUAAUGAUUCUUGCUCUGAGCUCUUGGAGAGUGAGGAUGCAAAUGAUGUGUUACAGGGACAAGGAUAAAGGCUUAGCGAUCUAGAGAGAUUCUCCUCGACGCUCACUGAAGGACAUGUUUCUGAAGAAGGUGUGAAUUUACUUGGUUCUGUGUAACCAACUUAAAAAGCUCUUUUAGAGGUUGUCAUAUGAAUUCCCGAAAACACUUAUUUUGUACCUCAGGAUGUAUUAGUUCAAUUAAUCUGAAGUUUUCAGGGCUGUAUCCUCUUACUGAGUUGAGUUGGAUAAGCUGACAGUUUCUCCAUAAGCUGAAUUUUAAGUAAGAUAUUGUGGAAUAACUCACCCAAUAAUCUCGGUGAUCUUUGAACGGGCACUGUGCCCAUAAUAUAAACGACUCCAAAAGUUCCUUAGCUCAUCCAAAAGAACGACCCUAGUACUUUGUUUUGACACUAAAAACACUUGAUUUCAUGCAAUCUUUGUGCAGUUAUCUUUUCUCAAGUAUACCUUGGUUUUUCACACCAUGUGGUGGACAAAUUGAUCUGAUGUCAAAUAACAAAUUAGUUUAGGGCAACAUAUUAGUUAUAUUCAGUAUGUGUGAUUCCUAAGCUUUCCUUUGGUAUAUAGGUUAAUAUGGUUCAGAAAUAUAGUCAUUGAAGUACUCUUGUUUGCCUUUUUUUCAUGUUUACCCCCUCUGUAAGAGUAGUCUUAGUCUGGUCAUAGUCUAGUCCUAGACAAGUUUAACACAUAUAUUUUGGUCUUUUUAUCUUUGAGCUGGACUGUUGCCAGAUUUUUUGGAAAAUGAAAAUCUUAGUACUAACCUAAAAUCUGAACAGAAAUAGUGUAGAAGUAGUCCUACUAGAAAAGGAUGGGUAAUUCUCGUUUAGCAAUAAAAAAAGUUUUAUCUUCAUUUUUUUAUGUUUGGUUCAAUUUUUCUUUUUAACUUAGUAUGAGGAUUUAAGUAUGCUUAUUUUCUUGUCAAAAUUUCGAAGGUUCUAUAACAUUCUUGCUAAGAUCUUCAACGAUCUUCCAUUUCCUUGCUAGGAUCUUCAAGGAUCACUGACAUUCUUGUCAAGAUCUUUAAGGAUCUUCAAAUCUCUUGCAAAGAUCUUUAAUUUGGCCGUCAAAAUCUUCAAGGAUCUUUCUUUUUUUUGCCAGGAUCUUCAAAGAUCUUUCAAUUUCUUGCCAAGAUCUUUAAGGAUCUUUUAUUUUCUCUCCAAGAUCUUUAAGGAUCUUCAAAAUUUUCAACAAGAUCCUUGAAGAUCUUGGCAAGAAAAUGAGAGAUCCUCCAAGAUCUUAACAAGAAUUUGGAAGAUCCUCAAAGAAUUUUCAAAGAUCUUUAAAGGAUCUUCAAAGUUCAUGUAAAGAUCUUUGAAGAUCCAGACAAGAUCUUCAAGGAUCUUGGCAAGAAAGUCAAAGAUCCUCGAAGAUCUUGGCAAGAAAGUCAAAGAUCCUCGAAGAUCUUGGCAAGAAAAUCAAAGAUCCUUGAAGAUCUUGGCAAGAAAAUCAAAGAUCCUUGAAGAUCUUGGCAAGAAAAUCAAAGAUCCUUGAAGAUCUUGGCAAGAAAAUCAAAGAUCCUUGAAGAUCUUGGCAAGAAAAUGAAGGAUCCUUGAAGAUCUUAACAAGAAUUUUGAAGAUCCUCAUGAAGAUCCUCAAGAGGAUCCUCAAAGGUCCUCAUGAAGAUCUUGUAAGAUCCUUAAAGAUCCUUGAAAGAUUUUCACCAGGGAAAGUCAGUGUGAGCUGCCUUCAGGACCUCACCAUGCAGGCUGCUUGGCACUGCCAGGAGCUGUUUCACAUGGCCAUCAUUGUCAUGCAGGUUCUGAGGUAGCACACCACCUCUCUCUGCAAUGCUGUCCAGGUGGCUGACUAAAUGUAAGGUUUCUCGCUCACUAGUCACUAGUUUCUCAGGUCUCUUGUUUAUGUUCUGUUCAGUUGGGCUUUUUCCCCAGGUUCAGGUAAUACUUCAGUCUUGCUAAUGUAGCAUCUUUAUAAAGCAUUGCAGCAAACUGAUCCCUUGGGAUGGAUGGGAGAGAGGUUGCUUGUUCAUUGCGCUUGUCUGCAGGUCUUGUCACUCCCAGCUCUUCAAUCCAGAAUCCCAGCUGCAUUGUCUCAGGAAUUGUGGUGGUAUUGGCUGCAGUAGCUAGCAUCUCAGCAACGCAGGUUGUAUUUUCUUUAGUGUGAUCUCCAGGUUAUGGAACUUUAUCUUGAAAUCAAAGCUUGCUUGUUCAGCUGCUUAGCAUUGUUCAUCUGCUUUGAACUUGCUUUUGGACUGCAGGUAGGUCAGUGGGUUGUUAUUGAUGUCAACCACUAACUUGGAUCCUAGCAGAUACUCUCUUAACUUUUCUGUUACAGCACACUUUAGUGAUAGAAGCUCCAACUUCAUGGAUGAGUAGUUCUGCAUAUUCCAUUUGGCUCCAUGUAAGCCUUGGCUAGCAUAAAUGAUGACCCUGGGCUUACCAUCCUGUUUCUGGGAUAGCACAACAAAACGUGGCCUGGAAGCAUCCACCAGUGUGGUCAUGACUUAGAAUCCUCUUUUAAGGGGGUGCUGAGUGGUUCCACUACUGCACUUGUGCCAAAGGCUAAACCAGUCACAUCAAUGUUUGAUGCUGAGUGUGGUGGGACCCAAACAGCACUGUUGCCAGCAACCUUCACCAGCCUCCACUUGCUUGCUUUUAUGGUCACAAUUCCAUGAAGUACCUGCAGCUCUCUUCAUCUUCAGCAGCUCUGCCCAUGUCAAAAUUUUUACAAGUACAUUCAUCCUCAAGACGCUAGGCAUCCUCUUCCUAUACUGAAUAGUGGCCACUGUGUCUUUGAGGACCAGCACUCUGCAAUCAGGAACUAUCACACCUUCUACUUGCAUGUCCAGCUCCAGGUAACCAAGAUAUGGAAUCUCAAGGCUGUUUGCUCCUAGAAGAGUAAGCAACUUACCCUUGCCUUGAGCUCUACUGCAUAUAGGCUUGAGUUUCUCCUCAAAGAAAUUUUCUGAUACCAGGAUUACCAUGGAGCUAGUGUGGACCAGGCACUUGACCUCCACACCUGCCAACUUUGCUCUGGUUGUUGGUGUCCCACCAAAAAUCCUGGGAAGGGGUGAGCCACUGUUGAUCUCCUCCACCACUGGACUCACUGUGAUGGAGUUGUUCCGUUUCCCAUAGGCUUCUUUUGAGUGGGUUGUACCCCUUGACUGCUGACUGGUCCUGGAUACAUGCAGUCACAAACAAAGUGACCAUCCUGGCCAUACUAGAAACAACAGGUGGGUCAUUUUUUCAGUAUCAAGGUAGCUAGCAGGAGGUUUAGGGUGUCCUGUAGGUGGUUGAGCACCUGCUGCUGCUAGUUGAUGUAGGACGUCAGAGUCUCUUACUGUUUCUUCAUCUCUUCUGCAAGUAUAUUCUGCCCAGAGAUAAGGUCAGACAGGAAUUUGGGUUGUUUCCCCAGGCCAGCCACUUUGCUGCUCACCAGCUCAUCUUCUACUUCGAUUGCUCUUGAUGUCACCAACUGCCUUGGAAUGUGAUCCUCCUCCAAGUACCUGUGAACCUCAAGGUGGACACAUUGGAAUGUGGAUUCUGGCGGGUCCCCGGUCCAGCUCUUGACAUUGCAACACAAAUUGGCAUCCCCUAAGUUCUCCACAAAUUGUUCCUUCAACAGGGUGUCCUUGUCGGGCCCUGACCCUCCAUUUAGACACUUGAUCCUGGAGAGGAGGAACAUGACCCUUGGCACCUGGCAAAGAACUACUAUUUGGCCUGGGUUACAAUAAGCUGUUCAUCAAAGGCCUCUGGUGGGAAUGGACCUCUGUGGGGUUGGCCUCAGCCUGACUUCUUCUUUUGCCACAACCUUAAGGUGACAAAUUAGGGUAUCAACUGCCUCAGCUACUGUUUGACCUCUGAUAGCCCUCUUGGGAAGAUAUCAUAUUUCAGAAACAAAAGAAAUUGAGAUAUUUCAUUCACACCAGCAUGUAGUAAUGGAAAAUAGUAUUACAGCAAUUAGAAUGCAUCGUUUUAUAUACUUAGAAAUAUUCUUAUUUACAUCAUUUCUCCUUGGUAUUUUAGAUGAUAGAUCUGUGAGGGAUAGCGAAAGAAGAGCAGCCAUAAUGCACUUUACAUCUGAUCAGGUAUUCCCAAACAAUACAUUUACAACAAUAUUCAGGUAAAUUAUUAUGUCUUAAGUCCACAAAGACUACUUUAAAUUAUUUGAUUUUGAAACCAUGCAGAAUGAAUGCCUGUGAAUGUAACUGUCACAUUGUGUAUUCUCACCAACAAGUUUUCUGUAGCUCUGUCAGAGCAUCUCUCUGUGAACUCAGAUCUUAGUUAGGAAUACUCAGAAUCAUAGGACACUCAGAUUUUUCUUGGUCCCUUGCUUAUGAGAAAUUUUUUCCAUCUUCUUUAGAAUAUUUAAACACACCAACUGUUUUCCCCUAGGUAGGGGUUAAUCCUAAGAGUACUUUAUUUGCAUUCAGACACUUAGUUUGUUAUGCAUAAUCAAGUUUUUCAGUAUCACUAUUAUAUUACUAGACUAAAGGAACUCUAUUGAAAGUGAUUUUGAUGUAAUUAAAUAUGCCUCUUCAUCUUAAGGCAUCAGAAUUUGAUCGCCAUUCUUCACCAAAAUCUGAAAGACCUUCAGAGAGGUACCUAACAAUAUAAUUGCAUUUUAAUCUUGAAUUUUCUUUUAUUUUGUCCUCUAAGUUUUUUGCAUGAAUUUUACUUUUAAAGUGGUGAUGUUUUAUACUCCCAUUUGCAAUCCCUGUCAGUGGCUAUUUGUUAAUGACAACUUUAAACAUAAUUGUUGAAGGACAUCAUUGUCCCAGAGACAAUCUUUUGUUGAUGUUAUGGAAAGUUUACUGACUUAUUAGUGUUGGCAAUUGUCCCCUCUCAGAUUUAGAAUAUAUAUGGAAUUGUAACUGACCAUUAUUUUUUAUUUUUUCAUUUCCCAGGGUACCCUUGCCUAGAUCUGAUAUGAUUCAUAAGCUUGCUCCUCGUCCAUCAGGUACAAUCUAUUCUCAUUGAUUGACUUAGAUUUAAUCAAUCUGGUCAAUCAGCAAGUGCAGAAUAUUCAAUAAGUCUUAUCAGAAAAGGUGCUGUGAAGUCUGCCCUCAAGCCACAAGGCCCACAAUGCUAGAGCUUAUGAACAUUUCCCUGAUACACAUCCCAGUAUUGAAUAAGUUUUCUCUUCAAGCUCUGUAGCACUCAUUUCAUUUCCUGGGUGGAGAGAGACUCUGAGAUUCAAGCAUUUUUCCCAAGAACACAAUUGAGCGACCUGGUGAGGGCCAGGAGUUUGAAUGUAGACUUUUUGCUCCUGAAAUCUUGUACCUGUUCCCUUCAAACCAAGGCUUCUAGUUGGAACCUUAGCUACCCUACAAAAGAAUCUGUUUCAGUUUCAUCUUUCCUAUUAAAAUGUUAUUGGGCAUUUGAGAGUCCCUUUUCCUCAAAAUGGUGUGUUCAUUGAAAACUGCAGCCUGGUUAUAGCUCAGGUUGUAGGUUCAAUCCCCAGAUUGAAUCAACACUCAGGGUCUUAACACAUCUGAGGAGAAUGUGCUGACUUUGCUAUAACAUCUGCAAAUCUCAAAUGAUGGCGAUAUAACUUAGCCCCUGCUGUUGAGGUCUGGCCAUGUUUCAAAAUAAUUGGGGUUCCUAUAAAAUUUCCUUUUGUGUUUACCUCUGUGGGCACAACAUCCUCUGACUAAUAUUUCAUUAUUUUAAGUGCUAGAGGAAGACGAUGUGGCAGUCCUUGAUCUUAUCACACGCACUGGUGGAGAUUUAAAACAGCCAAAAGCGAUCUCUGGCUCAGCAGCUAGGGUACCUGAUACUGAAGAUUAUACUAGAGAUGGUUGGUUGGUUUCCAAAUAACAAUGUCAAUUAGGUCAAUGCCUGAUAAUAUUUGCAAAAAUGUUGGUUUCACAAAGGUCAGUAAAAACCUGGAAAAUCAUGGAAUCAGAGUGAGGUUAAUGGAGAAUUUUGAAAGUGGCUGAAAAUUGCAAUGAAAGUAAAUGCAAUACAGUCUGAAUAAGCACCAUAUGAAACACCCCAAUAGCCCAACAGGGAAGUGACAAACAAUUUCAAGUCUUCAUGUUCAUAUUUCUGUUUCAAAUGGUUUUUAAUAUAGGAAAAUGACACAUUGCAAAUAAAUUUGUCUUAUGGGAUGCAUAAAAGUUUAUUUGAGAUUAAAAUGUUAAGAUAAUCUGGGCUGUACUUUCAAAUUAAACAACUGCUGGCAAUUUGUAUUGAAGUUCUAGUUUAAUGUAAAUGUAAUUUAGGACAGCUGUAAAAUUUUGACCCUUUGCUAUGACUCUUUCCCAGUUUCUCGUCACUUUGACUUAGCUUCAAUCCAUGGUUACUGGCAAUUUCUUUUUGAGCUCACUCAGUCAAGGUAACUGUUACUUAAAAUCAUCAUGAUAAAAGUCCACAUCAACCAUGUGACUGCAUAGGGUAGUUUACCUCUGAUGCAAAAAAUUGUUUACAAGGGAAGUUUUAAAAAACAAAUCUUGUAUUUCAAUCUGCUCAUUUUUCUCUAUUUCAAUCUGUAGAACUCCACAAGAUGCUUCCAUCAAUGGCAGGACCUACUAGACACAAGACAGAUCUAAGAGACUCUUCUCAGGAUUAUAGACCACACAAGGAUAGAGUGUAUGUUCACUUUGCAGAUGAUAAAAUGAGACCAUCUGAUGAUCCAAAUCUAAGAUACACAGAUGAAACAAAUGCUUACACAACAAUAUCUACAAGAGGACAUUUCACACCAAAUCCAAGGGCAACAAAUCAUAAUACAACACCCAGUGGGAACACUUGGUCACAUGAUCUAAGACAUGCCCUAGAAGACCCUAUAUCUGACAGGUCUGUCAAGGGUGACUUUCCCAGAUCACAAGAAAGAGGACAAGAUGUGAGUAUACCAUUGUCAGCAAGGUCAUAUGAACUGUCACCCUCUAGAAGACUACAACCAUCUCCUAAACAAUCUCAAGGACCUCUUGCGGACAAGUUGGGUCCAGGAGAUGAUAUAAGCAACAAAAGAGAGAUGCCAACACAUGACUCUUUUGCAAACUCAACAAAAACGGUAAGUAUUGUACUAAUAGUAGCAUGGGUUCGUUGCAUACAGAAACCAUGUUGUUUUUAUUCUCAAAUACCAUCUUCAAAUGUUUUCCUACACAAACAUUUUUCCAACAAGUAUGAGUAAAUGGUAAACUGGUUUCAAUUUGAAAAUUUUUUAUGAGGGAAAACAUCUGAACCACAACAUGUACAUUAGAUUGAUGAAGAUGGCCUAUGUUGGGCACAUACCAGACUGCUCAGUUUAAAAAUUUACAAGUGUUUAUUACUCAUAAAGGUUUCUUUAAUGUGUGUAAAAUACUAUGACAUGGAAUUCAGUAAAGGAAUUUACUCAAUAUAGAACUGGCAGAAUAUAUCUAUACUGCAGUUCUUAUCACUAACAGAAUGGUGUGUUCAGAUUACCAUGCUUAAUUUGGAAGGAACAGUACCACAUGCAUACUUUUACUUUUUGUAUGGGCCAGCCCUAUACAAUGGAGGAAGUUUAGAAAGUCUUUGUUCCUUUCAUUUUAAUUAACAUAUGAGCACAGAUCUGUAGAUUUGUCUGAAGGAGAUAUUUAUCUAAGGAACUUUUUUGGGGAUAAAUUGAUGUUUAAAGUGGUAAAAACUUGCUGUACAAGGAUCUUGAGAUACGCUGUAAGUACUAUGAUAACUGCAUAUAAGACAUGGGCCCUUUGAAUAACAAUACUACAAUGUAAUUUAAUAACUGAAUCAUUUCUUUCAUAACAUGUGUCCCACAGAUUUAACUGUUUUAGUGUUGAAGUUAAUCACUGAGCAUGUACCUAAAUUGUCAACACACAGUGUUCUGUCAGUGGCAUUCUUCUGCUGUGUAACUGCUUUUAGGUGACAACUACAUAAUUUUUAUAAUGGAUAUCCUUACUCUCUUUGAUUUUUACAGGAUAUUACGGACUCAUCAGGUUCUUUAGAUCAAGAAGAACUCUUAAACAAACUUCUUGACUUAGUGGACAAGUAAGGGUUACAGCCUAUGGCAAUUUUAUUUGAGGCAUAUUGCCUUUAUUUUGUGAGGGAAGCAACCUCAAGGAUUGGGUGAAAUGGUAAUCUUGCAGGAUUCCUUUGCAUUAUAUGUGAUUAAGUACUUUUUCCAUGUUUACAUACAUUUAGUUAGCCCCACCUAAAGACACAUUAAAAGGGGGGAGGGAGGGUGGCAGAAAUCUUAAAAGUUAUGAAAGUUAGAGGUUGCAUAACUUUACUUAAUUCUUCCAACAACCCCUUUGUUUAGAUGAUGCUAUGUAAACACAUAAUUUAAACUACUCUUUUGGUUAUGAGUAGCACCCAUUAGUUUUAUAUUAUGUGAGACAGUGUAGGUAAUUUGUUAUAUUUUCACUGUUUACACAGGUACUGGAAUGGAUCCAAAUCACUUCAUCAUCAUUCAAAGUUUCAGAGUGAGUUCAACACUAAAGAAGACUUAACAUUUGUGUUGGUAUUAUAGUUCUCACCAGAGGAAACAAGUAAUGGGUAUAAUUUAAAGAUAAAAUCAUUUUCUUGAAUAUCCAAGGGAAAGAAAAACUAACAAUUAAGAAUUAGUUCAAAGGUUGUCAAAUACAGAGUUUUCCUUUAAACAGAAAUUGAGUCUCGUUAAAACCUAGAAACAUAUUAAAAAGCCAAAAGCUAGCCUGCAGUGUUGAUUAUUCUGCACGGUUUUACUGCUAGUUGUUGGCUUAAGUGUAUUAUGAGAGAAUUAUAGUGUAUCAAUGACAAAAUGUUCAUUGAAUGUUUUUGUUGCAAAAUUUUCACAGUCUCUACCUUUUUUGCAAUUUGCAGGUCUUGCUCAAAAACUUCUUUCUUCCUACUUACCACCUUCCAUGGAAAGAGCUCAUUUGACACCGUCACAUGAUAAUGAUAAAGUACGAAAAGAACUGAAGGAAAGAACAGCAGAAAUAUCAAGACUACGUGACCAAAUGUCACAACAACAGACUGACAUGGAACAAUUGCAUAACAAGCUAAAAAGCCACCAAGGAUUAAAGGAUUCACUUGAUGCUGCUUCAUACGAACUGGUUUGUUUGUUGUCUAUUUUGUUGGGAAUGCUUACUCUGUAAUUAAUUUAUCCAUAAACUGCAGCAAUGAAUUACAUUGGAGUGUUACAAAUAAACUGUGAAUAUACUUGGUUUCAAGUUAUAAUUACAAUUUGUGAUUUUUAUAGAUUACUUGAGCCACUUCCUCAACAAAUAAGAUAGAAAACAUUUAAGUUUGUCUCUCUAGCACUUAUUAAGUGAGUACAUAUUUACAAAAAACAAUUAAAACUUUUAUCAUGUUAAUCAUUUUUUGGUUCCAAAUGAAAACUUCAGUGUACUAUAUUAGGGCUCAUAGCCUUGAAUAAAAAGUAUCUUGCAAAGAUUCUUAAAUUUCACUUUCUGUUUAGGCCUCUGUGAGAUCAAGACUUCUAGAGUUUCAGGAGGAGAAUAGUGCCCUACAAUCUAAAAUAACUGCCCUAGAGGUUGCCUCACAUGGUGCUUCAGAGCAAGAAAAACUUAUAGGUAAUGUAAGAAUCUCUUUGUAACCUCUUGAUACAUACUGACAAUAAACUGCAAUCAUUAUCUCAUAUAUGGUAUACAUCAGUAAUGUAAUGCUUUCAAGUGAAAGAGUACAAUUUGGUAUAAGCAUGUCUCCCAAUAAAUGCAAACUCUGAUGUUCAUUGCCACAGCUGCAGCUGUGUUUCAUUGUGUUACCAUCAGUCUUAAAUAGAGGGGCAUCUUACCACAAACAAACUUGAUCAAAACCCUCCAAUCACUACUAAGCAGACUACUAUCAAUCUACAACUGUAUACAAAGCUUUGUAAGGUGAUUUUCUGCUACUUGAGGGGAUUUUAUGUAAUAACAGCCACCUUGAUUUGAAGAAAGUUAUUUAAAUCCCUUCGUAUCCUCCACUGAUAAUUUACUGUUUGCUUACUCAGUAAGCAAGCAGUAGUUUCUCCUAAUAAUGUCCAUAUAUUUUCAAACAAAACAGUUACAAGAAUAGAGAAAAAAUAUCAACAAAUGAAAAUUGUUUGAUUUGACACAAAAUUCUCAGAACUGAAGUAAUGAGAAAUGUAUAGCAGACGGUAAGGAAGAUUUAUAGGUAAAUCUUGGGAGUGAAAAGUUAGGGAGAAUACUUCCAGGUAACAAGUAUAAAUUGUCAUCAUAUGUAAAUGCAUGCUUCUUUCUGGGGUCAACCAUGUUGUGAUGCAAUCCUGCUUUCAAUCACCUGCAAUCCAGAACCUGACUGAAUAGUUCACCAUGCUUGUCCCUCAUGUAUUAUCAAAGCAAAGGAGAAAGAAUCAGUUCCAGAGCUGUCACAAAAUGUUCUUGACCAUUAACAACAGAUAUAAAGCGACACUAUGCUGCUUUAAGAAUCCAACUACUUUAACUACACCAGAUACAUACAUCUUUUAAUAGAUAAGCACUUGUGGCUGCAUGUCAAGUUUUUCCUCUAUCAGCAACAAGCAAAUUGGUUUAUGACCAACUGAUGAGGAAGCUUAAAUGGAUUUGACAUGAUAUUGUUUCUCCAAUAGGUGAGCUUCAACAAAGAAAUCUUUCACUUCAGGAACAAGUUAAAUCUCUUAGCCAACAAGUUCAACAACAAAAUGUUAAUCUGGAGCAAUUACAGGAGCUCACAAACAUGCUACAAGAGAGCCACAGGUACAGCACACUUGUGAAAUUGAUCAACUCAAGAUAUAUUUGUUGCAGAAAGUGAAUGAAUUUCUUAGUGCAAAUCACCUUGGAAAAAUGUUAGGGCAGUACUUUUUGCUGGCUGUACCAAUGAAAAAAAAGAAAACACUACCCCACAGUGAAUGCUGGUCAUUGUGCAUGUAGAGGAGGAGGUUGACACCCCGUCUGAUGUCACCAUCUUUGUUCAUUCUUUUCUGUUCUGGUCUGAACUCUGUCUCUAUAUUAAUCUUCUAACCCCAAAGAGUGGGUAGAAUCUAAUUUUCCUUUCACAAGCUUUGAUGAAUCAAACUCUAAGGUUAUGAGAAUAAAGGAAAUGAUCACCACUUUAAGAAGCUCUUGAUUAUAAAACAAAUUCUCACAGUCAUUUUUUCUAGGAAAUGUAAAGAGAAAAGUAUGGAUAAUAUGUAUACUAUUGUUAGGGUGUAAAGAGUUUGGAGAAAAAUUGACUGCAAGCAGCCAAAGAAAUUAGAAAUCUUGAUAAAAAAAAAUCUCUCAAAAGUAAUUCUCCUUAUUACUUUCUGCUAUAAACUUCUUAUGAUGUUGGUUUGGAGAAUUUGGUUUUUUUCCUAUCACUUGUCUGCUUGAUAUUGUAUUGAAUGGGAUAUUGUAUUGUAUUGACAUUGUGAGGAGAUAUUCUUUCUUGGCCAUUGGAGUUAAAGGGCUAAAUGCAUCUUUAAGAAGCUCUCUGUCUAAAAGCUACAAAUGCUAAAUUUGUAUACACCACUGAACAUUGCAAUUUUUUAUCCUUACCACAGUAUACACAGCCAUUUCCACUUGGAUGAGUUAAUGUAAAGGUGUUAACUGACAAAUUGAAAAUGGGUCAUGGGUUCAUGAUCUGAGUCAAGUUUGUUAAAGUAUUUCUUCUUCUUUUGAUUCACCCAGAUCACUAGUAUCUACAAAUGACCAUUUGCUGCGGGAACUGGAUGAGGCACGGCAGCGCCAUCAACAUGAAGUUCACCAGAUGCACUGGAGCUAUGAUAAUCUUAAAAAGACUAUCGACUGGUUACCAAAUAGUGUCAAGUAACAUUAAGACAAUCACUGGAGCCUAUUGUUCUACAACAGAUAUCUCUUCCUUAGAUAACCUUCAUAUAGAAACUAAGAUGUUUGCUUGCAAAAUAACAUAUUUAAUGAAGCGAAGAAAUAUUACAUAGCAUUUUAAUGUGAAGUUCAUGUGUCAAUUUUUGCUUAGUAUUUCUAAAUGAGUGUCUAAAACUUUAUGAAGACCCUAUGAACUGUAACUUGUAAUGAAAGUCUAAACUCAUGUCCUAAAUUAAAAGCUUGAAAUGUAAAACGUUUUCAUUACAAUUCUAUUUGAUUGUACAGGACUUCAUAUUUUCAGGCAUUAUGUGCAUGUUAACCUAGUAAACACUCCAUUAUUAUAAUCACUGUCUUUAUAUCUUUCUGUGCCUGGGGGCUGUACAUACCUACCCACAUUAAUUUUUAUUUAUUAUUUCCAAUCAUCAGUAGGUCAGCCUGAUUCUCAGAUGCUAGUUUGCCAUCCCUGCUUGUAAAACAAUCAUGUCAAACCAGUGUGUAUGCAUACA